AUGAGCGGCUUCUCCAGGCGCAGCGAGGGAAAUGAAAACUAUCUCAUGAACCCAUCGAUGGCAGUUCCUGGUACCUACAGUCACCCAGAUAGCCAUGAGUAUGGCGGAGCAGGAUCUGGCACAUAUCACUUUCCCCAGCAUUCGUUCAAUCCAUACGGAAACCAGUUCAGCCCUUCAUAUGGGCAACAGUCGAGUCUUUCUCCGGGAAUGCAGCAUCUACAGUAUGCAUCGGAGCAUACGAUCCCCUCGAUGUCUACCACGGAGGAUAUGAGACUUCACCAUCCUCCCCCGCAGUACAUUACUCAGCCCCGCUAUCUACAAUCUCCGAGGUACCUGCCGCUGCGUGAUGCUCUUGGUGAGACGGAUAUCGAGAGUCAAGAGUCCCGGAACGAGGGUACAAUGCUCUCAGAGCCCGUGGUGCCCGCCCUCGAUGGGUUCCCAGAUGUGAAAGAGUUCGAUCAGCUCAUGCAGAGCUAUGUGGACGACCUCUCGGUGAAGAAACAGGAUAAGGCAUUGAUUCAUGCCAAAAGAGCGCGAAACAUUCAGACUGUGUUGAGGGACCCGAAGGAUACUGCAGUCGAGUCUGCUCAAUUUCGGUUUUGGGUCAAGAAAAUGUUCAAGCUCCAAACAAUCGGUGUUGGAACGACAGAUUGCGAUAAAAUGAUUUGCCAUGAAGGGAAGCCUGUGGCCAUUCGGGAAAAAUUGUUCAAGAUCCUCACCAAGGCACAUCAGCAAUGCCAGCAUGGCGGUCGUGACAAGACUUCGGCACAAGUCCGACGGAUAUACUCAUGGGUCCCAAAAGAAUUGAUCUCUCGGUUCGUCAAAAUAUGUCCGACUUGCCAGGUCCGAAGAGGAGGAUCUCGUCUGACGCCACCAAAUUCCCGUCGAGGCUCGCCCCGACUUGAGAUGGUGUCCCGAUCUCCCAAGCUCCCGUCACCACCGGUCAUCAAACGGGAAUCAUCAUACGGAGGACAAUCCUCUCUGGACCGAGCCCAGACAGAAUAUCUUGGCCAAUUUCACGGCCACGGCGGGUGGAUAGACAGCCAUCAGAGUCUCCAGGGUCGUCCUUCCCUGAACUCCGGAGUUCGAUCUUUCCCAGGGCCGAUGAACGGCCUCUCGCACUCAAUCUCUGGAGCCAUGGAUCCAUUUUCCACUGAUAUGUCAGUGCCACCGUCUCAAUUGAGUUAUACGACGGGAUAUGUCCCAUCCCACGGGGCCCCAAGUCAACGGGGCUUUUGA